AUGGCACCGGGACUCUUAGGCGCCAACGGCACCAGAAAGCACAAGGUAACCGUGAUUGGUUCUGGAAAUUGGGGUUCGACAAUUUCCAAGAUCGUUUCUGAGAACACGAAAGAACACCCUGAUUUAUUCGAGGAGGAGGUUCAGAUGUGGGUGUAUGAAGAGGACGUAGAAUACGAGGGCAAGACCCAAAAGCUUACAUCCGUUAUCAACACACACCACGAGAACAUCAAAUAUCUCCCAAACAUCAAGCUCCCUACGAACCUCGUUGCGAACCCCUCCCUCGAGGAUGCCGUCAGCAAUUCGUCUAUUCUAAUUUUUAAUCUGCCUCACCAAUUUAUCCACAGAAUCUGUGGGCAGCUCAAAGGGAAAAUCUUACCGUUCGCUCGAGGGAUAUCUUGCAUUAAAGGUGUUAAUGUUACGGAUGAGGGUAUAUCCCUCUUCUCGGAAUGGAUUGGGGAGGGUCUAGGUAUUUACUGCGGCGCCCUAUCAGGCGCGAACAUCGCAUCUGAAAUCGCGGCCGAGAAGUGGUCCGAAACUACGAUUGCGUAUGAUCCGCCACCCAUGGACAACUCGCGCAACCCGUCUCGAAACGCAACGCCUCGCUCUGCGACUCCGAACCGCAACUCGCCACUAGCGUCCGCCGACGAGCUAAGCAUCACCCCCUUGGCCGAUACGCAGCACCGGGAUGUCAGGGGUAGGAUCAGCAAAACUAAGCUAACUCCUGUCCCGCCCGAGUACCACCCUCUGGACCAUGACACUUUCAAGACGCUUUUCCACCGCCCCUAUUUCCACGUACGCAUGGUUUCGGAUGUUGCAGGUGUUUCUCUCGGCGGUGCUUUGAAGAAUAUCGUCGCUUUAGCCGCGGGGUUCGUUGACGGCCGGGGCUGGGGUGACAACGCUAAGGCGGCAAUCAUGCGCGUGGGACUACUCGAGAUGGUUAAAUUCGGCCACGAGUUCUUUGGCGAAACCAUCUCAACCGGCACAUUCACCGAAGAGAGUGCCGGUGUAGCAGACUUGAUCACGAGUUGCAGCGGUGGCCGAAACUUCCGAUGUGCCAAGAAGGCUGUCGAAAAGGGCAUCUCUGUCCAGGAAGUCGAGCAGACGGAGCUUAACGGCCAGAAGUUGCAAGGUACCAGCACGGCCGCCGAGGUGAACUCGUUUCUGAAGCAGCGGGGCCUCGAGCAGGAUUACCCGUUAUUCACGGCUGUCCACAAUAUCCUCGAGGGACGACAUACUGUUGACGACAUCCCCGACCUUGUUGCGAGGACUUAG